UCUGUACGCCGCGUGGAGUUUGACGCUGCUGUUCCCGUGAUCUCCAAAACAACACAACAAAGUGUGGGAGAAACAUGGCGAGCGGAGAGGAGGCCACAAGACACCCCUCGGUUCCCUCCUCUUCGGUCGGCCUGGAGUCCCUCUUCCCCGCCGGGUCGUCGGAGCAGGCCGGCGGCGACUUGGACCCGGAGCUCGUCCGCCUGCGGGAGCGCCUCCAGGGCUGGCUGGCCCCGUACGAGCCGCCGCUGCUGUGGCUCCAGCGGCUGCUGGUGUGGGAGAGGCCGCUGUGCAGCAUCUCCGUGGCCCUGACGCUCAACACGCUGUUCUGGCUCCUGUCCUCCACCUCCCUGCGGCCCCUCUUCCUGCUGAGCGUCUCCCUGAUGGGACUCAUGCUCCUGGAGAGAUGGAAGCCCAAGUUGCCCACAGUCACUGCCGCUCAGCAAGCAGAGGCUCGCCCGGUACAAAGUGAUACAAUGGGCGCGGAGCAGCAUCUGCUCAGUGUUCCUGAGCUGAGCCACCAGCUGGCUGAGAGCUACCUGCUGAGCUGUCUGUACCUGCAGGAGAUGCUGCAGUACAAGCAGCAGAACCAUGGCAAGUUCUGUGUGAUGACGUGCAGCAGCUGCUUCGUACUUGCCGUGGUUGGACAUUAUGUACCAGGAAUCAUGAUCUCUUAUAUCAUAGCCCUGAGCGUGCUGCUGUGGCCGCUCGUGGUCUACCACGAACUGAUUCAGCGGAUGUACACGGGCCUGGAGCCAAUCCUGAUGAAACUGGACUACAGCAUGAAGGGAGAAACCGAGCACCGCAAGCACGACAAGAGGAAGGUGAAGAAAGAGAUGGAAGAGGGGGAUGAACCCAGAGCCGAAACAGAGAGUGAUAGCGAGGAGGAGCUGUCUCUUUUUGCCCCAACGGUGGAUGUGAAGACGACCACUCUGGCGAUGGCCAUCACUGACUCGGAGUUGUCGGACGAGGAGGCAUCCAUCUUGGAGAGUGGAGGCUUCUCCGUGUCCAGAGCCACCACUCCUCAACUCACCGACGUGUCUGAAGAUCUGGACCUGCAGAGUUUACACAGCGAACCAGAGGAGGCCUACCUUCGAGAUCUCCCCGAGUUCCCCUCAGUCGAGGAGUUCCCUUCCAUCGAGCACCACCUGCUCCACUUCCCCCUGCGAGCUCCCAGUCAGGUCGACGGCGCCCAGGCUGGUGCCCAGUCAGAGGGAGAACUGCUGAGCCCCGCCAGCCUCCUCAUCCAGCACCUGGCCUCCCCGCUCCACUUUGUGAACACGCACUUCAACGGACACGGACGGCCACCCGGGGAUGAAGAGGGCAUGUUGCCAGCGACGGGCCCACAGGAGGAAGCAGGGAGUCAGGAGGAAGAGGAGAAGGAAGCUGCCGUGACCCAGGGUGCACAGCAGUCCCUGGAGGCCUUGAGCGAGGAGAUAGUGAGCACGGCCAUCUCCACUGUGGUGCAGAACACUCUGUCGGCGCUGCUGUCGUCCAGCGAGGCCAGCGAGGAGCCCUCCCUCACCGAGUUCCUCCCCACCGAAACCCCGCCGGGCGCUUUGGAGACCUCCGACCCGCCCACCCACACCACCCCCGACACUACAGUCACCACAAUAGGGCCGCUGGGGCCUGAAGAAGAACUGGAUGACGCGAUCACGAUAAUCACAAGCACCAGCGAGGAGACGCAUGAAGACACACUUGUUGGGACCGAGGAAGAGGACUUUGAGCUUCUGGACCAAAGUGAACUGGAGCAGGCGGACGAGGAGCUGGACAUCAGCUCCGACGGACGGCUGGUGGGCGGAGCUCUGGACACGCCUCCAUCUCCUCAACAUCAACCGCAGUCAUAGCUUCUCAAUCCCCCCCCCCCCCCCCCCCCCACCUCCAACUGUUUUGUUUUUAUUUGUAUGUUAAAACUACAUUAUAUUCAUACUGGUAUAUACAAAACAUUUAUCAAAGAGAUUGGUAUUUAGGACCGUUGGUUGUUGAUCGUGCAGCAGACGGUUGAGAUCACUGGGUUCGUUCUGUUCUCACAUCACAGGGUUAAGCUCGGCCUCGGUGCUCCGGGACCAUGACACUGUCGGGAUCAGCAGCUUCUGUCGGGAUCGUUCUGUUUGCUUAAAUCCAAAAGAACCAGACGCUGUAAAUGCAUCUACUGUGGCGUCCCACCGCCGGCUGAGCACCGCUUAUCGUUGUAUUCGCAUUUUAUAUUGACUCCUGCUUCAUCUAGCGUUUGCUUUGAGCAAAGUUCUUACUGCGUCAUGAAAAACCUCGAUGCCUUUUUGUUUUCCACCUUGGCCGAGCUGAACCCUUAAACCUGGUUUUCACCUGGACGUUAAUUGAAAUGGUAUUAUGAAGAGUUGAAAUGUUGGAAUAUAUAACUAUAAAUAACUAAUAAUAUAUACUAUAAAUUAUUUAAUUUAAUGGUCAGUUAAAGCUUCUUCUUUUUUUUCUUUCUGAAAUGGAGUUAAUUUCUUUCCCUUCAGUUGCCCAUGAUGAUUGAUGAUAAGCGUAUUAAUGAUGACGCCAUGGACCUCCAGGUUAAAAAAGUAGUCUCCAAUUCCCAGAGUUAGUUAUUCAAAUAGUUUUAUCCUUUGACUUUAUCCGUGUCUCCGUGGUUACAGUUUUGACGGAAGCAUUCGGUCAUCGUUCACUUGUUGCCUGGAAACGAAAACUUAAAUCUUUGACGUUUUUGGAUGUUGACAAGUAGUCGAGCUAAGUGACAUCAGUGUAGGGAGAUCAAACACACAAAAAAAAGAAAUGUUCCUGGUUGUUUUCUUUGUGACUGAUGCCUCGUGUUCUAUCUACACGUGAAAAUAGAAUUUAAUUUCACACGUCCAUUUGUAAUUGAAUUCAUUCUUGAAUCUACAACUUUAAUGGAAAAACGCCGGCUUCUCGUUAGAUAGGCCCGACUAUUUGUAAAUGUGUAAUCAUCACUGGGAUAUGUAUAUCUACCAAAUAACUUCCUUGGUGCCACAACGAGUCCAUGCAUGCCAUGAAGCAAGCAUGUAUUUCAAUUUAAAUAUUUGAGGUCAAGUUUCCAAAAGAUUCAUACUUCUACCGGAGCAGAUUUAUUUUUCUUUACUUUUUGAAAGGAUGUAAAUGACAAAAAGAAAUUUAAACAUUAUAUUCAACUGUAAAAAGAGAUCCGGUUUUAUUUUGUAAGCCACUCAGCAUCCAUAUCUCAGGGGUGGGUUGUACAAAUUGAAUAUAUAACAGACUUUAUGUCCAUUUCCCCACUUGUUGUCGUGCAUCGCCUUUGUACUAACCUUUACCUUUUUGUUUUCAGUCGGCGCCUCCUUGUGUAUAGUGUAGAAAUGCUCAAAAUGAACGUGUAUAUUCUGCAUGUAAAAACCGCACUCUGUUCUCCUCGUCAGUGACAGUACAACACAAAGUUGCAAAAGAAAAACAAAAAGUUAAUCGUAAUGUUUCAGGGUUAGAAGAGCCAAUUGAAUUUCGGUUUGUUGGAUAUCUAAAUCAACCACAAGGGGAGUAAAAGUUCUGAUGUGUCCUUGUCUCAAAGAAUUAUAAAUGGAAACAGGUGGAUUUCGAGGAUAUUAACAGACUAGUUUGUGUAUGGUAGUCGUGUGUUUUAUGAUUAAAAUACUGCGUCAAAUAUAUUAAACUGAACUGUACACUUUAAAAAAAAGGAAUAUAUUUUCUAAUUUCUCCCUUUUCCAUAAAGAACUCAGUUUGAUCUUUUACAUCUGGACAUUUAACAGCUGUGGGUAAGUUUCACAAAGCGAGCAAAAGAUUUGUUGUCAUGAAAUCGGUCAAAUAAAACUGCAACUCCAUGUGUGAAACUGAAGAGAAUAAAAGAACAAACUGAAACAAA